UAGUGAGUUAUAAUAUUCAAAAUAUUUUGAACUUUAAACAGCACGGUCCCACUUUUCUUCUUCUUCUGCUUUUGCUAUUAACAGCGUUUCAUUGAUACUGCCUUUUGCGCCAACUUAACGUAAACAUCGGACGGUCACAUUGUUCGUGAAAGAAGAAGGCGAGAAACGUGCUGCGCCAAAUAAAUUGUCAACCAACUAAAAAUAUAAUAAAAUUAGUUUAAAAAAUGAGUGGAAAUGUAAAGAAAGCGGUGGCAGUUUGCGACUAUUGCAAAACUGAGAAGGAUAGCAGCCAGAUCUAUUCAGGCCGCAAACAUUUCGCGGGGUUUAAGAUUGUUGACAUACUUAAAAUUAUCACCAAACUCGAAAUACCAACAAAUACGCCCAUCAAACUGUGCACCAUGUGCAUUUCAACAUUACAUGCUACAAGCGGCGUCAUCGAGCGUGCCGGUGAAAUGAUCAACCAUUUGGUGCCGCUUCCUAAAAAUCAGGCUGGUGUUGCCAAUAAGACCAAUAUUGAAAUUAAUGAUAAACCUAUACAGGUGCCAAGUGAUUCUGAGCCAGAGGAGCCUGACGAACCGACACGUCAAGAGAUAUUUAAUUCACCAUCCAAAAACAUGGCGGCCACAAAUGGAACUUCAACGGUGUUUAAAAAGCAAUUGGACAAAUCUCCAAAAAAACAACUUUUCAGCACUGGAGGUCCCUCUAAACUGAACGAAAGUUUGAAGCACGUGAUAAAAUUAACUCCAGCUGAUGGUGCUGCUAACAAGAGCACAGCCUUUAGCCAAUUGUUUGGCAACAGUGUAAAUCAUAUUUCUGAUAGCGACGGCAGCAGCGAUGAAGAGGAAGAGGCUACCAAGGGGCCCGAAGAGAAGAGGAAUAUUGCCACCAAUUUCGAAUGUAAAUUGUGCGAUUUUACCUCCGUAUAUCCAAAUCCCAUGAAGAUUCACAUGAAAGAUAUACAUGACCAGAAGCGCCCUCGCAUCUACGAUUGCACAAAGUGCCACAAGUGUUUCGGUUUACUUAAAACUUUGAAAGUUCACCUGCUAACACAUGGAAUGGUCGAGGAGAAGGAGAAAGAGAAUAAGAAGGAGAAGGAGAAGGGAGCACCCGAUGUGACACUUGCGCGGCUGACCGCUUUGAAUCCAAAACCAAAAGACUUGAAGAAUGGAGAGCUUACGUUUGCCGUUCAGAACACCAAUUCAUCCACUCCAAAACCUGGCGAACCUCUAAAGGUGAAACCGGUGUCAAUCAAUUCAUUUAAAUGCGAUAUUUGCCACGAAGACAUCAAAGGCAUUAAGGCCUUCCAAAAGCACAUGACGAUUGUGCAUAACAUUGAGAAGCCUAAGAUCUUUAAAUGCCCUGAAUGCGAAUCUGAGUUUAUGCACAAGAGCACCAUGGGGAAGCAUAUAAAAAUGAAGCAUGGCGAAGGGGCGGAGUUGAAUGUUCCGCGCCGUCGCAAGACUAUCGACGAGCGUGCACUACUAGGUAACAUGGAAGGUGGCGAGAAAAUUAAAAAACCAGCAAAAAUUGCGGCUCGUCGCAAGACAGUUGAUGUCAGCAUCGCUUUAGCUGGAAUGUCGCAGGCCAAGAACAAAAAACUGCCGCAAGUCCUUGAAGAAAUGAACAGUGAUAAUGUGGUGACACCUAAAAAGCCAAAGAAAUCCACUCAGCAGCUAAUCACCGAGUCGCUCAAGUCAUCGCCAAAGAUCGCCAAGUUGAGUGACAACAACAACAAAGAGAACGCAGCCAAUCUGCAGAAUGGCACGGCAAUUGAGGAGGCUGCCACAACAAGCAAGAAAAAUGUAUCCAAGAAAGACAUUGAUGUAAUUGACACCUCACAGAUUACACCAUUAAAUACUGAAUCGCCGAAGAAGAAGGCCAAGAAAGACAGCGAGGUGCUAGCCUCUCCGGCACUGAGCGUUGGCACACCAAAGAAGACCAAACCGAAGAAGGACAAAGAUGGAUUCGCCACUCCACAGAACACGCCAAUCGCCACUCCAAACAAGGUGAAGCGCAAGAAGGAUGCACUCGACACAUCACAGUUGUUGAUAAACAAUGGCAAUGAAUCUACCUCCGAGACGCCCAAAAAGUCAAACAAACGCAAGCAUAAGCUAUCGGAAUCAUCGCCAAAGCUUGUUAUCGAUGAGGACUACGAAGAGGAGACCUCAAAGCAGAGCCCGCUCAAGAAGUCAAAACAAGACGAGUUUAUAGGCGAUGAUGAUAUCAUACUAUUCGAGGAGGUGAAUUCCAAUCCAUUGCCACAUCGCCGUGAAAUGCUCGAAUCCAUGUCGCAGGACAGCAUCGACACCAGCUCCGCAUUGUCCUGCAGUCAAUGCAACAAAGUGGUGAGCACCCGCAAGCGUUUGGAUUCCCACAUCCGUAAGAAGCAUUCGGGCCAUCUCAAGUGUCGCGAAUGCUCGCAGAGCUUCACACAGAGCAACGACUUUGUUGGCCACUUUGCUAACUGCGUUGCUUUCGAGCGCUUGGCAUGUGGUGUGCAAAACUGCGACAAGGUCUUUGCAGCAGCAAAUUUCCUUAGCGCACAUCUUAAAAAGAAACACAAGUUUAAUUAAGUGAUUGACCGGACCAGAUUCAAGAUCCAUAAUGGAUGCAAACAUAUCCUACUAGUUCUUAGAAAAUAACGUUGCAACGUUGGCCAUUUGAAGGAUGUCCCACCGACUGAGGUCUAUUUUUAAUUGUUUGUAUAAUUUUACUUAGCAUAAACUUUGUACCUAAAGUACAAAAAAUUGAAACAAUAA